AUGGCCCUUGUACCUCAGAGUAAGUUCACUGCAGUAAGCAGAGGAGACAACCGUGCUCGUGCUCCGGCUCCCAGAGAUGGCCGUCGUCAGUUUUCGUCAACAUCAGAUGACAAUGCUUUGGUGAACCAAAUUCUGCUCACUGAUAAGUCUCAUGACCGUCCCUACGAGGUGUCUUCUCUUGCAGUCAAGAACAUUCUCCAAACCAUUGAGGCCAUUCUGUCUCGUGUAAUGAAACCUGACACCCAUGGCGCCAUUGUGCUGCCGGGAACACUGGUACCGGCAGCUACACACGCGGAUGCUUUGGAACAUGAGAAGACCCUCCAUGCUAGCCUCAGCACCCUUAGUGAAAGCUUCGAUGUUCCAAACCACGUGUUUAAUGCAAUUUCUUGCGAGAUAUUAUGCAAGUCGCUGGCUGGGGAAGAUGCAAACAAGACAACCAUGGAUAUACUAAACAUUGUGCAAAACUAUGAUUGGGAUGAAAAGGUGGUGCUUGCCUUGGGAGCUUUUGCUGUGAAAGAUGGUGAAUUUUGGCUUGUGGCUCAGCUCUACACCUCCAACCCACUGGCCAAAGCUGUUGGACAGCUUAAGCAAUUGCAAGAGAUAUUGGAACGUGCUGGGACAAUCUUGAAGCCUAAAUUUGACGGCUACAACAAUCUGGUUAAGGCCGUGCUCAAAGUGACAAGGAGCAUUAUUCAAUUACAAGAGCUUCAGAAUGAUCCCCACUUGACCCCCGAAAUCAAAUCCGCAGCUUCCACCGCUCAUAUCCCCACUGCUGUUUACUGGACAAUUCGGAGUAUCGUAGUUGCUGCAUCCCAACUUUUGGGGAUCACAGGCUCCGACCCAGAAUACGUAACAGAGGCAUGGGAACUAUCAUCUUUGGCGCAUAAGCUCGAAAACAUAUUCAACCACCUCCAGGAGAAUCUCAACAAACUAAACCAAAUCAUCCAGAAGAUCAAAGACGAGGAUGCUUUCAAUGCAAUUGCACGCAUUCUAGAAUCACCACACAUUGACAACAGCAAGCCUCUAAGGGUUUUGUUUUACAAGGAUGACCAGCCUGCUCUUUAUGACGGCCUCAACAAGAAGAGGGUUGACAUUGAUGUGCUCAAGAGGAAGGUAGUGAUUCUGUUCAUCAGUGACCUAGACGUUGUCCAAGGGAACGAGUACAUGAUUGUCCAAAACAUGUACAUUGAAAAACGGCAGAACCUGGGAAGGCCAGAGAGCCAGUUCGAGAUUGUGUGGGUUCCAAUCACGGAUGAGUGGACUGCAGCCAAGUACCAGCAAUUUGAGAACCUCAGAAAUAAUAUGGAAUGGUACAGUGUGUUCCACCCUUCGGUGGUGUCUCCUAUUGUGGUCCGGUACAUCAGGGACCAGAGGAAAUGGAACUUUGUGAAGAAGCCUCUGCUAGUUGUCAUGGACCCUCAAGGCAAAAUAGUGCACCAGAAUGCUAUUCACAUGAUGUGUAUUUGGGGAAGCCUAGCCUACCCUUUCACAAGCACCAAAGAGAGAUUGCUCUGGGACGAAGAGAACUGGAGGAUUGAGCUUUUGGCAGAUAACUUACAUCCUAAUAUAUUUACUUGGAUCACAGAGAGGAAGUACGUUUGCUUGUACGGUGGAGAGGACAUAGAGUGGAUCAGGAACUUCACAAGGGCUGCAAAAAGUGUGGCUCUUGAAGCAGGGAUUCCAUUGGAAUUGCUUUACGUGGGGAGGAGCAAGCCUAAGGAGAAAGUGGCGAAGCAGAUCCUGAGCAUCAUCCAAGCUGAGAAUCUAAGCCACGCUCUUGAGUGGAACACCACCAUUUGCCUGAAGGAGUUUACCGACUGGAAGAUCAGGGCAGCCGACGCAGGGUUCAUCCCGGCGCUGAAUGAACACCUAGAAGGAGUGUUCAAACAAGCUCCCCAUCACUGCACUAAUCUUAUUUUGCCUGCAACCGGAAUCAUGCCUGAGACGGUGGCCUGCGCUGAAUGCGGCCGUCUCAUGGAAAGGUUUUCCAUGUUCCGCUGCUGCACCGAUUGA